AUGGACUCCAUCUCCUUGAUGGGCAGCAGCCCUUCCAGCACAAAGGCCUCCUUCUUGCCAAAUGGAGUGAAGAAUGGGCCCAGAGAAGGUUCUGGAAAACCCACAGUAGGCAUUAUUGGCUCAGGCGACUUCUCCAAAUGCCUGACGAUCCGCCUUCUACGCAAUGGCUUCCAUGUGGUGGUGGGCAGCCGACAGCCCAAACGGGCGGCUGAGUUUUUUCCCCAUGUGGUGGAUGUGACGCAUCAUGAAGAUGCUGUGGGAAAAGCCAGUAUCAUUUUCCUGGCCAUCCGUAGGGAGCAUUACCCCUCCCUCUGGGACCUCAAGCACCUGCUUGCAGGCAAAGUACUGGUGGACGUCAGCAACAACAGACGGGUCAAUCAGUACCCAGAGUCUAAUGCAGAAUAUCUGGCCUCCCUCUUUCCGGAGUCUUUAGUGGUGAAAGGAUUCAAUGUGAUCUCAGCCUGGGCCAUGCAGUCUGGCCCAAAAGACGCCAGCCGCCAGGUGUACAUCUGCAGUAAUUCCGUUGAGGCUCGUCAGCAGGUCAUAGAAUUGGCUCGACAGCUCAGUUUUAUACCUGUGGAUAUGGGCGCUCUCUCCUCGGCCAAGGAGAUAGAAAACAUGCCUUUGCGUCUCUUCACUGCUUGGAAAGGCCCUGUGCUGACUGCCGUUGCCCUAUCCAUCUUCUUCUUCGCCUACUCUUUCGUUCGGGAUAUUAUCCACCCGUAUGUCAAGAGCAAGCAAAGCUACUUUUACAAGAUCCCCUUGGAGAUGGUGAACCGGACUCUGCCAAUGGUGGCGAUCACACUGCUGGCACUGGUGUACUUGGCAGGACAACUGGCAGCUUCUCAUCAGCUCUUCUAUGGCACCAAGUAUCGACGUUUCCCUCACUGGCUGGAGGGCUGGCUUCAGAGUAGGAAACAGCUGGGCCUGCUGAGUUUCUUCUUUGGCUGUGUCCAUGUCCUCUACAGUCUCUGUCUCCCUAUGAGGAGGUCUGAGAGAUACCUCCUCCUCAACAUGGCCUACCAGCAGGUCCACGCUAAUGUAGAAAACUCAUGGAAUGAGGAAGAGGUCUGGAGGGUAGAGAUGUACAUUUCCUUUGGCAUCAUGAGUCUGGGCCUCCUCUCUCUAUUGGCCGUCACAUCCAUUCCAUCUGUCAACAGCGCCCUCAACUGGCGGGAGUUCAGCUUUAUCCAGUCAACUCUGGGCUACAUUGCUCUGCUCAUUGCCACAUUCCACGCGCUGCUUUUCGGUUGGAAGAGGGCAUUCGAAGAGGAGGCGUAUCGAUUCUACAUGCCCCCUGGCUUUGUGGUAGCGUUGGUGCUCCCGGUCAUGGUAAUUCUGGGGAAAGCACUUUUGCUUCUGCCCUGUGUGGGCAGCAAACUCAAACGUAUCCGCAGGGGCUGGGAGGCCAGUCAAUACCACACUGACCCUGAGAGAUCUGCUGCUCAUGUUUCUCCCGAGAGGGUCACCAUUAUGUAA